CAAUGACAAAGUGGUGUGCCGGAAACUUCGUGCUCCAUUUUAAGAGUGCAUUAACGAUCCUCUAAUUCGUUUAAUAAAUUGUAUAAACUUUUUCGAUGCAAUUUACAAGGACCGCAAAGAGAAGAGGAAACUGUGGAAUAUGUUUUUAAUUAAAAGUUUCAAGUAUUUUGAACUUUAAACUCGGUUUUUUCGAGACUUAACCUCAAAUUUGUGGCCUAACCUUAAAGUCAAAACACAACAAAUGGGCAAAUUUUUGGAGAUCAGCAGAAAUCUGUCGAAUGCUGUGAGAUCUCGACGAAGAGUCGUAAUUACGGGAAUCGGAAUUAUUUCCCCUUUAGGAUGCGGAGUUCAAAAUGCGUGGAAGGCUCUUCUCGAUGGAAAAUGUGGAAUUGUAAAACUUGAGGAUCCGGAUUACGAAAAAUUACCUUGCAAAAUUGGGGCUCUCGUUCCAAAAGGAACUCAGCCACACGAGUUGGACCUAAAUUCGAAAUUUUCGAAAAGUGAGCUCAGAACAAUGUGUCCUGCAACUGCAUACGCAUUAAUUGCAGCCGAAGAAGCUUUAAAUGAUGCAAAAUGGAAGCCGGUGAAUGAGGAUGAUAAAAGAGACACUGGAGUUGCAGUUGGCGUUGGAAUGAUAGAUUUGGUCGACGUUUGCUCGAUGUACGAGACUUUAAAAAAAAGUUACAGCAAAGUCAGUCCAUAUUUUGUUCCCAGGAUUUUACCGAAUAUGGCUUCCGGGCAAAUCAGCAUUAAGUAUGGAUUUCGAGGACCAAAUCACUGCGUCUCAACGGCUUGCGCCACUGGAGCUCAUUCUAUUGGCGAUGCUUUUCGGUUCGUCCGAGGAGGCGAGACAAAUGUUAUGGUAUGUGGAGCAGCAGAAGCUUGCAUCUCGCCUUUGGCAAUUGCAGCUUUUUGUCGUCUACGGGCUCUCAGCACAUCGCGGAACGAUUUUCCGCAGGAAGCUUCGCGUCCUUUCGACGAAAGUCGCGACGGUUUUGUGAUGGGUGAAGGUUCCGCAAUUCUAGUCCUGGAGGAUUUAAAUCACGCUCUGGAAAGAAAAGCACCAAUCUACGCUGAAAUUCUUGGCUACGGACUUUCAGGAGACGCGGCACAUUUAACAGCACCGAGUGAGGAUGGAACAGGAGCUAUUUUAGCGAUGGACAGAGCGUUAAAAGACGCCGGGAUUGACACAUCCGAAAUCACCUUUGUAAAUGCCCACGCAACCUCGACGCCUCUUGGUGAUUCGAUAGAAUUGAAGGCGAUUCAGUCGCUCUUUGGGGAGCAGAGUAAAAAUGUCUUCGUCUCGAGUACGAAAGGCGCUCACGGCCAUCUCUUGGGAGCUGCCGGAAAUCUCGAAUCGGCCUUCACAAUUUUGGCGCUAAAGGAAGGCGUCAUUCCUCCAACUAUUAAUCUCCAAAAUUUGAAUAUCGAGACUGAUCUGAAUUUGGUGCCACAGGUGAAAAAAGAAUGGAAAACGACGAAGAGGAGAGUUGCUUUGAAAAAUGCCUUCGGAUUCGGAGGCACAAAUGCGUGUCUUUGUUUCGCAGAAUAUAGAGAAUAGAUUAACUGAUAAAAAGACUGAUAAUUUUAUAAUAAAAAGGGGAGUUCCAAAGUAAAAUUGUGAAAUUUCUAGGACCGGAUUUGACCCGGGUUCGUAGAGGGAGGGUUGCGGGUUCGAUUCCUUCUGCAUACCGUUUUUUUUCUUCGCAUUUUAUUUAAUAAAAUGUUUGAGUAUUUAAUUCCUGCUUUAAUUCUUUUUAUAUU